AUGAACCUUGUGGAUAUUGUGGUAUCCAGGAACAAAGAGGACAAUAAGGCCAAGCCGGUCACCGUGGCCUCUCUUCAGCCCUCGGUGCUGCCCACGGUUAUCGUGCCUGAGAUGUUUCUUUCUCCUCCAGUCACCUUUCAGCUGUGGGCUGGCUCUGGACCCGUGUUCCUCAGUGCCAUGGAAUGUUAUGACACUUUAGAUGUAUCCUGGGAGGAGGAGGAGGAGGAGGAGGAUGAGGAAGAGGAGGAGGAGGAGGAGGAGAAGGAGGAGGAGGAGGAAGACAUCCAUUUAGUCCUAGAAGAAUCCCCUGUCAAACACACCAAAAGGUCAGCGCCUCAGAAGCAGAGCAGUGUGGCUAAGAAGAAAAAGGUGUGCAGUGAUGAAGAAGCAGCAAGACCCAAGGAAAAGAGCCCUAUGAGAAAGAUCAAAACUAUACUCAGGCCUAAAAAGACGGUGUUCAAAUAA